CCGAAUUGUUCAAAAAUUCGCACUGUAGUUUCAUAUGCAACACACUGUAGUUCGUUCGGCCACCCCUUUGCAUUUGGAGAAAACUAUGCCUAAGCUCGAAUUGACGUCUCACAAAGUCUUGGUCUUUGACGUUUAUGGGACCCUCAUCGACUGGGAAUCUGGAAUAUACAAAAGUCUCAAGCCGCUCUUCCCAAAGGACACUCCGAGGGAGGAGGUGUUGGAGAAAUAUGCUGCUGCGGAGCUAGAUCUUCAGAUGAAAGAUCCGAGUGUAGCAUACUCGAAGAUCCUCGAUCUCGCUUGGGUGCGGCUCAGUGGUCAAGCUAACACGAGUCUUGGUCACGGCGGACCAGCUGCAGUCACGGAUGAAGGGGAGGGGGUUGGAGCAUCCAGUUCAGCGAUCACUCAACAAGACUUGGAUCUACCUUCCUCGACACUACCAACAAGCGAUGCUGAGUGCUUCGGAGCUUCCAUACCCACGUGGCAGCCAUUUGAAGACACCGUCCAAGCCCUCCACAGACUGAAGGAGCACUUUGCGCUAGUGGUUCUAUCCAACGUGGAUAAUAAAAGUUUCAGCGGCACACACGAGUUGCUGAAAUCUGAAACACAUGAAGCUUGCAAGAGCAGAUACCCGACAGAUACCUCCGAUUCCCCUUUCUCACUCAUCCUCACCGCUCAGCAACUUAAUGCGUAUAAACCAGACUUGAGGGUGCUGGGAACUGCACUCCAGCAAUUCUCGUCUGCGCCCCACUCCGUCUUACCGCAUCCCAGCCCACCCUGGGCUGUGGAGGCGCAUGAGGUGCUUGUAGUAGCAAACUCGCUUCUGCAUGAUAUAGAGCCCGCAAAUCUUCACAAUCUUGACAGUGUGUGGAUUUCACGCCAUGAGAAGAAUAUUAUCGGGACCAAACCCGAUUUGAAGGAGCGAGGCAUGUGGACAUGGAGGUUCGAAACUUUAGGUGAUCUGGCAGAUGCGGUGGACCAGGAGGUUAAAGAAGCGCGUGGCGCUACAUGAACUUCAGAUAGGACAAGUUGUUAUCGUUGAACUCCUUGGCUCCCAUGUCAAGUAUGAGGGAAGGGACACUGGGGGUCCCGUAGAUUAGAAAGUAUUGUCCUACAUAUGAUACCAUCCUCAAUGGACACAAAUUGGAUUUAAAUAAAUAAAUAAAAAGUAUGAGGUCGGGUAUAGCUGUGCCAUAAUUCUAGUAGUGUAUGAGCGAACACCAACUGGAAAGAAG